ACAGACCGCCUCACCGCCCUAUUGUCGCUAGCGUGCACUCCUUAAGCUUAGAACACCCCAAAUAUUCUCUCUCCCUGUUUAUCCCUGCGAAGAGCUUGUCUUGCGCCACCUAUCGUUCCCUCUUAACAUCUCUCUCAUUCAAAAUUGUCUUCUUUGUUCUCUCUGAUGAUGCCCAUGGACCAGCACUAGGUCUUGCAAUCGUUUUCAGAACAAGUGGGGAUUGGAAUAGGAAGCUGCAAUGUAUGCAAGGAGAAUAAGGGGUAAAGAUCAAAGAUGGAGUUCGGCGUUUCAACCCUCCAAAUAUUUGAUUCGGCCAAACAUUGUGGACCAUGAUUGCUCUCGAUCUUUGAGACAUACAAUUAUAGCUGAAAGAAAUUUCUCUUGUCGUAGUGGUUUGAUCAGCAGACAUAUAUUGACUGCCUUUUCUUCUCAAACUGUUUCUUCAAGAAGUAAUUACGCCAUCUUGCAAGGGAGAUUCGGUAAGGGGUUGAAAAAUGGCCAAUUAUGUUUCUAUAGUUCAGAAGGGGAUGGAAGGAAUGCAAGUGAGGAUAAGCAUACACCUGUGAAAGAAGGGGCCAGCUUUGACAAGGGAAAGACUUGGUGGGAGACAGAUGGGGGGGAGAGUUCAAGGAAUUGCAACCCCCAUGCUCAACUUGGGGAACGGGAUCAGAAGGAAUGGCUGAAUAAUGAAAAGCUCUUCAUUGAGAGGAAAAAGAAAGAAUCUCCUUUUCUUACUCGACGUGAAAAGUUCAAAAAUGAGUUCCUGCGCAGAGUUGUUCCAUGGGAGAAAAUAGAUGUUUCUUGGGAAUCAUUCCCCUACUAUAUUAAUGAACACGCCAAAAGUCUUUUGGUAGAGUGCACUGCAUCCCAUUUGAAACAUAAGAAGUUUACUACUUCAUAUGGUGCUCGUUUGGCAUCUUCAAGUGGACGGAUAUUGCUUCAGAGCUGUCCUGGCUCUGAACUUUAUCGGGAGAGAUUAGUUAGAGCACUUGCUCGAGAUCUACAGGUUCCUUUGCUGGUGCUUGACAGCAAUGUCCUUGCUCCUUAUGAUUUUGGUGAGGAUUGCUUAGAUGAGGGUGAAUCAGAUGAUGAAAAUGCAGAGUCUGGGGAGGAAUGUGCUUCAGAGUCAGAGGUUGAUGAUGAGAAUGAUGCAAGCAAUGAAGAAGAGCGGACAAGCAGUAAUGAGGGAAGAACAGAUUGCAGUGAUGAUGAUGGAGUAGAUGUUGAAGCAACUGCAGAAGCAGCUCUUAAAAAGCUUGUUCUACCCUUCAAAUCUGAAGAUUUUGAGAAGAGUGUCUUAGGGGAGCCUGAGAAUUCCGAAUCCACCAAGUCUGAGACUGUUGAGCCCUCAAACAACUCCAAGCGGCCUCUGAGGAAAGGAGAUUGGGUGAAAUACAUUGGGUCUUCUUUGCGUGUUGAAGCGGAUAACCGGAUCGCUUUGGGGAAGAUAUCAACGUCUGAUGGUCCAAGAAAUGCAUAUACUAUUAUUCAUGACAGAUGCUUAACUAGUGGACAAAGAGGAGAGGUGUACGAGGUUAAUAAAGACCGAGUUGCUGUUAUUUUAGAUAUUGAUGACGAGACCAAAGCAAAUGAAGAAGGGGAUGAGAAAACCAAGAAGCAGGUUGCAAAAGCAUCAGUUUAUUGGAUAGAUGUUAAGGAUCUUGAGCGUGAUCUUGACACUCAGGCGGAAGAUUGCUAUUUCGCAAUGGACGCUCUCUGUGAGGUUGUGGAUACCACGCAACCUCUUAUUGUCUAUUUUCCAGAUUCUUCACAAUGGUUGUCCAGGGCGGUUCCUAAGUCGAAUCGUAGGGAUUUUGUUCACAAGGUGCAGGAAAUAUUUGACCGCUUGUCAGGUCCUGUUGUUUUAAUUUGUGGUCAGAAUAAGAUUGAUACUGGAUCAAAGCAGAAAGAGAACUUAACAAUGGUACUCCCAAACUUCAGUCGCCUUGCUAAGCUGCCUCUCUCAUUGAAGCACCUUAUUGACGGAUUCAAAGCGACAAAGAGAUCUGAUGAUAAUGAAAUAUACAGGCUCUUUACCAAUGUUUUGUGCGUUUAUCCCCCUAAGGAAGAUCAUCUACUCAGAACAUUUAAUAAACAGCUUGAAGAAGACAGGAGAAUUGUGAUAUCACGAAGCAACUUUAAUGAACUACAUAAGGUACUGGAGGAACAUGAGCUAUCAUGCAUGGACCUGUUACAUAUAAAUACAGAUGGCGUUAUAUUGACAAAACGGAAAGCUGAGGAAGUUGUUGGAUGGGCAAAAAACCAUUACUUAUCAUCUUGCCUGCUUCCGUCUACAAAGGGGGGAAGAUUGCAUCUGCCUCGUGAAAGCAUUGAAAUUGCAAUUUUGAGGUUGAAGGAGCAAGAAACAGUUUCUCAGAAACCCUCACAUAGUUUAAAGAACCUUGCAAAAGACGACUAUGAGAGAAACUUUCUCUCUGCAGUUGUGCCUCCUGGUGAAACUGGUGUCAGAUUUGCUGAUGUUGGCGCGCUUGAAGAUGUAAAGAAGGCUUUGAAUGAACUUGUUAUUCUUCCAAUGAAGAGACCCGGGCUCUUUUCUCGCGGAAAUUUGUUGCGGCCUUCCAAAGGAAUUUUGCUUUUUGGACCUCCUGGAACCGGGAAGACUCUUCUUGGAAAGGCUCUUGCAGCAGAAGCGGGGGCAAACUUCAUCAGUAUAACUGGUUCAACUCUUACAUCUAAGUGGUUUGGAGAUGCGGAAAAGCUUACCAAGGCUCUAUUUUCCUUUGCCAGUAAGCUGGCCCCUGUCAUUAUAUUUGUUGAUGAGGUUGAUAGUUUGCUUGGUGCUCGUGGUGGUGCUUUCGAGCACGAGGCUACUAGAAGAAUGAGGAAUGAAUUCAUGGCAGCUUGGGAUGGAUUAAGGUCAAAAGACAGUGAAAGAAUCCUCAUCCUGGGUGCUACAAAUAGGCCAUUUGAUCUUGAUGACGCUGUCGUUCGUCGCUUACCAAGAAGGAUUUAUGUGGAUUUACCAGAUGCUGAAAAUCGUAUGAAGAUUCUUAAAGUACUUCUUGCGCAAGAGAAUUUAGACACUGAAUUUCAAUAUGAAAAACUAGCAAAUGCAACCGAGGGAUAUUCUGGUAGUGAUUUGAAGAACCUCUGUAUUGCUGCAGCUUAUAGACCUGUUCAAGAACUUUUAGAGGAAGAAGACAAGGGAAGCCAAAAUGUAUCACAAGCUAUAAGGGGUCUUAAUUUGGAUGAUUUCAUUCAGUCAAAAGCCAAGGUUGGCCCAUCAGUGUCCUAUGACGCGACAAGCAUGAAUGAAUUGAGGAAAUGGAAUGAGCGAUAUGGAGAAGGUGGAAGUCGGAAAACUGCACCAUUCGGCUUCUGAAACUCAUUUCACAAGCCAUUCAUUUAUUUUUUAGGAAAAAAUUUAGGCAAAAAGGGGUCGAAAAAUUCUCUCAACCCUUUUCAGCUAGUGAGAGGGACCUCUUCCAUGUCUUGGCCUAUUAGGGUGUUAUGUAGAAUAGGUUUUUCCCUAUUUAGAGGAGCUUACAUUUACAUUAUUUCAUGUAUAUUAGUACUAACAUGAAAUCACUAUUCAAAUUUUGUUGAGUAAUUAUCAGCAAUCUGUAAUAUUCCUCUGUUAUUUGAAUUUUUUUUACAGGGAAGAACAUCCAAAAAGUGGAACCUAUGUAAGAACCUCAUUGAAAUAAAUAGAUGGAAGAUUGGUCUUUUUGAAAUAAUAUUGACUGGAUGGAUCAGUUCAGGACC